AUGGUGACCACUACCUCGAAAUACUCCAGCACCCGAUAUCAUGACCACUCACUAAAGGAAUUCUUCAGCUUCGAGGAAGUCGUCCUCAAGGGUUUGGCCUCUGAUGGAGGCUUAUUUCAUCCUCACGCAGUGCCCAACGUCAGGUCAAAGUACCUGGAAUGGAAAGACCUCUCAUUUUCAGACCUGGCCUUCCAGGUCAUGCGACUCUACAUCGACGACCAUGAGAUCUCGGAUCAAGAACUGAAAUCUAUCGUCGACCGGAGCUAUUCGACUUUCAAGCACCCAAAGACAGUGCCACUGGUCACGUUGGACGAGAGCAAGAACCUCCAUCUGCUAGAGCUCUUCCACGGACCUACCUUUGCUUUUAAGGAUGUCGCCCUCCAGUUCUUGGGAAAUCUAUUUGAAUUCUUCCUUGUGCGCAAGAACCAGAACCUGGGAAAGGGCCAUGCGCGCCAUCACCUCACAGUGAUUGGUGCAACCUCGGGUGACACAGGUUCAGCGGCCAUCUACGGGCUGCGGGGAAAGAAGGAUGUCAGUAUCUUCAUCAUGUUCCCUGAUGGCAAGGUAUCCCCAGUCCAAGAAGCUCAGAUGACGACGGUGCUCGACCCCAACGUCCACUGCCUGAGUGUGCAAGGAACGUUUGACGACUGCCAAGACUAUGUCAAAGCCUUGUUCGCUGAUCCAGAAAUGAAUAAAAUCCAUCACCUGGCAGCUGUGAACUCGAUUAACUGGGCGCGAAUAUUGGCUCAGAUCACAUAUUACUUCUAUGCCUACUUUCAACUUCUCAAGCAGCAACCUGAGCUGAAGGAAGCCAAAUUUGUGGUACCGACAGGCAAUUUUGGCGAUAUCUUGGCCGGUUACUAUGCGAAACGCAUGGGGCUUCCGGUGGCGAAGCUUGUGAUUGCAACGAACGAGAACGAUAUUCUGCAUCGUUUCUGGAAGACGGGGUCAUACACCAAGAAGCAGAAGCCAGCAGGGGAACCGCAUGAAGGUGUCAAGGAGGAUGGCGCGCAGGCCCAUGAAGAUGGCGUCAAGGAGACAUACAGCCCCGCCAUGGAUAUUCUUGUCUCUUCGAACUUCGAACGGCUUCUCUGGCACUUGACCCUGGAACAUGAGCUCGAUCAAAACCCGCAUAUCAAGGUGGAGUCUUCUGUGAGAGCCGCCGGGGCAAAGAUUGAUGGUUGGUUCCAAGAAUUGAAACGGACUGGAUCCUUUACCGUGGAUGGGGAAGUCCUGGAGAGGGCUCGUGAGAUCUUCGGCAGCCAUAGGGUUAGCAAUUCCGAGACUCUCGAGGCCAUCCGAGACUGCUAUAAAGGGGAAGCGAUCUCCAAAAAGGGAUAUGUGCUCGAUCCUCAUUCUGCAAUUGGCGUCGCUGCGAGCUUGCGGGAAAUCUCCUCCGCGGGCUCAGCAUCCAAGGUGCCAGUCGUGUCGCUGGCAACCGCACAUCCGGCCAAAUUUGCCGGUGCAGUCGAGCUAGCCUUAAAGGAAGAGCAUGGAUUCGACUUCAGCAAGAUCUUGCCAGAAGAAUUCGUCGGACUAAAUGACAAGGAGAGGAGGGUGUUGAAGGUGUCGGCCACGGAGGGACUGGCUGGAAUUCGCCAGAUCAUCACGCGGGAGGUCGAGAAGGAAAAGGAGGUCGGACAAAAUGGCGCAUGA